AUGCAAGGAAGGCUGGAUAUACGCAUCAGGGGAUCGUCUGCACCACUAAGACCUGCGAGGCGAAUCUCUACGCAUGUACACCACCGUUUCUUGAAAUCCUCGAUAUUAGUACUCACAAGUCUACACACCUUGCUCGAAAUAUUCCAAGGACUUAUCUACAUCCUCAAAGACAAGGACAUGAUCUCGACAUACAUACCACCAUCACACGCAUAUCACAGCCAUUCCAAUAUCCUACCUAGUUACGACCAAGUUCGAGGUCUACGAGUCUAUAUCCAUACAUCAAUCUUCAUCGACGAAAAAUUUCCGCAUCCGAAACUUGGAGGAUCAUCAGCUGUCAUAAAAUCUGAAGACUUCAAUUACACACGCAUGCAAAAACAUGACCGAUGGAAAAAUCCUCGCUCGGAAAGCUCGCAAUGCGAUCUCGGCCUUACUUGGGAGAGUUCACAAGGAUCGCUCUCGAGGAUAUCAGCUGUUGUACGACGGAGCUUCAUCGCCUUCCAGGCUUUUCAGAGUGACAUCUGCGUGUAUAUUGGAAGCUCAUAUGGACGUAUCUCAAUGCACAGCGCACUCUCGACUUUCACUGGAUUCGCUACAAGAGGCACGGAACAUAACAUGAGAGGGAGCGGAACAACAAAAUAG